UUCGUGCGGGGCCGGCGGCGGGGUCCAGCAUGGUGCAGAUCGUCAUCUCCAGCGCUGGCACCGGGGCCCUGGCACAGUGGGUGCUGCUGGAGCUGCAGGGCGAGGUGGAGCCCCGGCAGAGCGGGGACCUGGCCGGGAGCCUGCUGGGAGACCUGCACUACACCUGUGAGGGCGUCCCUGUGCUCAUCGUGGGGCACCACAUCCUCUACGGGAAGGUGGUGCAGCUGGAGAAGCCGUUUGCUGUGCUGGUGAAGCAGGGAGGAGCCUCCCAGCCCAGCCCCGGGGAGCCCCAUGGCCACUACACCGUUACUGCCCUCAUCAAAACCAAACUGCUCUUCAAAACCCGCCCCAAGCCCAUCAUCACCCACGUGCCCAAGAAGGUCUGAGGGGAAGGAUGGGGGCUACAAACUCUGAUCUGCUGCUGGAAAAAGCAGCAGGGACUUGGGGAGAUCCAGGACCUCAUCCCUGUCCUGCACAGGGGACACUGGCACUGCUGGGUCCUGUGUCUGGGUCACUUGUCCCCCCCAAAGUGACUCUUUUCAGAGGGCACCCAAGCUCUUGGCCACAGACCCCAUGGAUCACCCCGGGGCCAUGGCUCCUGGCAGGUAGGGACUUCCUGUGAGCUGGGCAGGGGUGUCCCACCCUGGGGCUGCCCACAGUGAGCAGAAGAUCCCAGGGAUCCAUGGAGGUGCCAGAGUGGAGAUGUCUCCUUCCACCCCCUCCCUGCAGCUGUGGGGACACCAGUGCCACGCAGGGACUCAGCACCAGCCUCCCUCAAGUCGGGCAGGGAGCUCAGGGACCCUCCCCAAAACACACCAUGCGUCCUCAGUUCAAGUCUUUAUUUCCACAACUCUGUCAGGAUAUAAAAACCAGCCUUUUCCACCCGAAAUAUGGAAAAAAAUUCCCCUGGCAGGUUCAAAAAUAAAUAGAUUUACAAACCAUCUGCGACAAUACCAAAGAGCUACAAAAGUCUUCUAAAAAACCUUGUAUUAAAUUAAACAAAAAACAGCUAAAAGCUCCGUCAUAGAAAGGGUUUUUUAUCCAAGUCCUGAAAAAAGGACCCACAGGUGAAUUCCCUGGGGAGGGGACAGUUGGGAAGCACCUUGCCUAAAUCCCCAUCUCCCCACUGCUGGGAAGGUUUUGGGGUGGGAGUGACGGGGCCGUGGGGUGGCCAGAGCAGGACACGGCCCCAAAGGGUCUCCAGCAACGCCCCGGCCGGCACACAGCCCCCCAGAUUUCCCAGUCUCCAUGCCAGGAUCCCCCCUUGGCUCUUUGGCAAAGCUGAAGGAACCUGCUGCCCUCCUGGAGCAGCCAGACCCCCGAGAGGCCUGGCGGCUGCCCGUGGGUAC